AUGGUUACGACGCUGCUCGGUAUCUUCCUUUUUCUCUUGGUGUUCCUUAGGCAGUGUUUGGGGAAAAACCGUAGGAUAUUGAAGAGAGUGCCUGGACCACAGGGGUAUCCCUUCAUAGGGAACGUACCCGAGAUCUUCUACAAGAGUCCAGGUGAUCUCUUCACAAUAGUAAGAACCUUCUCAACAAAAUACUCAAUCUAUAGACUAACUUUGGGCCACGUAGACAUAAUAAAUUUAGUAAAUCCUGAAGAUAUUGAGCAAGUCCUCACUGGAUACCAACACCUUUCGAAAAGUAAACUAUACUCCUACUUCAACUCCUGGCUGGGUACUGGCUUGCUGACGAGUACAGGGGAAAAAUGGCACCAUCGGAGAAAACUGCUGACACCUGCUUUCCAUUUUAUGAUACUCCAACAGUUCUUUGUGAUUUUCAAGGAGGAGACGCAAAAGGUUUAUGAAAAGAUUGAAAAAGCCAUGGAGGAAGAUAGUGUUAUUGACAUCAUGCCUGUUGUAACGCAGUUCACACUUGAGACUAUUGGGGAAACAGCAAUGGGAUUUAAGAAUCUAGACGACACCUUCCUGAACAUCUACAAGAACAACGUCCUCCAGAUGGGUAAGAUCGUGAUCAAUCGCGUCAUAAGACCCUGGUGUGAUGAGGAUUUCGUGUACAGACUCACCAGCUACUACAAAGAGGAGAAGCGGGUUGCCAAGAGUCUUCACAACUUCUCUAAGACCGUGAUAGAACGAAGGAAACAGACCUUUCUCGAAGAGGGACAGUUUAGUGGAAAAAGAAAGAGACUGUUAGACAUCCUGCUGCAGGCCAAGGAAGAGGGUGCUGAUAUCGACGAUGAUGGUAUCAGAGAAGAGGUGGACACUUUCAUGUUCGAGGGACAUGACACAACUGCAGCUGCUCUUUCCUUGAUAUUGAUGCUAUUGGCAAAUAAUCCUGAACACCAGGAAAAAGCUGUAGCGGAAAUUUUGGAAGCCAUCGGACCAGAUUCCGACUUGGCCUACCCCGACACCCAGAAGUUUCCUUACCUGGAGCGCUGCAUCAAGGAAGGUCUGCGUCUGUACCCCAGCGUACCGAUGAUAUCCAGAACAGCUGGAUGCGACUACGUGACGUCAACAGGGUAUCGGAUACCUGCCGGUACAACGCUUCACUUGCACAUAUUCGAUUUGCACCGGAAACCGUACAUCUAUCCGGAUCCGGAUCUGUUCGAUCCGGAUCGGUUCUUGAAGGAAAACUGCUCCCUUAGACACCCAUUCGCCUACAUUCCUUUCAGUGCUGGGCCCAGGAACUGCAUAGGUCAAAAAUUCGCCAUGUUGGAAUUAAAGACGUUUUUGGUUGGCAUAAUGAGAAAAUUCAGAAUGGAAGCAGUGACCAAACAGAACGACUUCGAGCUAGAAACAGAUUUUGUAUUGAAAACUUCCCAUCCGAUUAAAAUAAGAUUCAUCAAAAGACUGGGAUCAAACCCAGUUCAGAAGAGAAAGUGUGAAAUGAGUUCGAUUUCCUUUUUAGAAAAAAUGCUCCCCUCAGUGAAAUUAGGGAUCUGGAUGGCGUUCUUCACACUUUUGUUGUUAAUUGGAAAAAUGCUAUACCGACAUCUUCGAGACAUCCUCGUCUUGCUGGAGAUACCAGCACCCCCAGCGAAACCGAUUAUAGGCUUGGGCACUGAAUUCUUCGGUGUGUCUCAAGAAGAGAUAUUCCGAAAAUUUCGAGAAUACUCCAAGCAGUUUCGACCUGUCUACAGGUUGCCUCUCUUUCAUAUACAAGCUAUUAAUUUAAUCAAUUCCGGAGAUAUCGAGCAAGUUUUAUCCAGUUACAACCACUUGAAGAAAAGCAUGACCUAUGAUUUUCUCAAUAAAUGGCUUGGUACAGGUCUUCUAACUAGCAGUGGUGAAAAGUGGCACGCUAGGAGAAAACUCUUGACUCCAACUUUUCACUUCAAGAUACUACAGGACUUCUUGAUAGCGUUCAAUGAAGAAACAAAUAAGUUCGUUGAGAAAAUAAAUGGCUGCUUAGAUGAUGCUGGGGUUGAUAUUUCGAAAUUCAUUGAUAAUCUUACACUUCAGGCUGUUGGUGAAACCGCUAUGGGUUUAGAAUUGGUCGACGAAGGCAUCAUGAUAGAUUACCGGCAAAAUCUAAGAAAAAUGGGAAAAAUCAUAAUAGAGCGCAUUACAAAAUUUUUUUAUAGAUUUGACUUUAUUUAUCGUUGGACUGACUUGGCUCAUGAAGAAAAAGUGGUCACACAGAGUCUCCAUCGCUUUUCCGAAACAGUUAUCAGAAGGAGAAAAGUUAUGAGAAGAGGAAGCACGAUAGAAAGAAAGAGGUUGGCCAUGUUGGAUCUCCUUUUACAGUAUAAGGAAGAAGGAGCUGAUAUCGAUGAUUUAGGAAUCAGAGAAGAAGUAGACACAUUUUUAUUCGAAGGACAUGACACCACUUCAAUUGCUUUAUCCAUGCUGAUCCUAUUACUCGCAAAUCACAAAGAAGUACAGGAAAGAGUAAUUGAAGAAAUUGACCAAGUUUUGGGAAAAAAAGCCAAGAACCCUACACAUGAAGAUCUACCAAAACUUGAAUACUUAGAAUGCUGCAUCAAGGAGACGUUGAGGCUAUAUCCUAGCGUCCCUUCUAUUGGGCGAAUAGCUGGUGAAGAUUUCACUACAACGACAGGUUAUCGUAUACCAAAAGGAACAAUAAUGUUAAUACAAAUAUACGAUUUACAUCGAGAUGCCUCUGUGUUCCCAGAACCAGAGAAAUUCAAUCCUGACAGAUUCAAACCAGAGAACACUAUGAAUCGAAAUUCUUUUGCCUAUAUUCCUUUCAGUGCUGGACCACGGAAUUGUAUCGGUCAAAAAUUUGCGAUGUGGGAAAUGAAAGCCGUGAUGUGUGGGUUGUUACAACAUUUCAAGUUAGCACCUAUAGAUACGCCAAUGGGUAUCAAGUUCUAUACGGACCUUAUAUUACGAACGAAUUGCCCGAUCAAGGUGAAAUUCAUCAAGAGGCAAUGAUGAUGUUAUUAGUGCAAAAUAAUUGUUGUUUUGGAAUUGUAUCAGUUGCGAAUAAAUAAUUUUGAAAUAA